AUGAGUUGUGGAUCAAGCGGGGUCACCUCCCUUGGAGGGAUCGCAAUUUUAGUGUCGGCAAUGAUAGGUCCGGGGCUAGUUACAAUUCCGAUAUUGUUUGAAACCGCGGGAUGGAUAACACCGAUGGUUAUGUUCGGUCUGGCGAUAUUGUUAGCGAGUUGUUCAUCAUUAUUAUUAAUAGAAGCAUUAAGCUCGAUACCAGGAAAUGAAAGAUUUCAGAAAAAGAUAGAAUUCAUAAGUUUAUUUAACAUAUUAAUUGAUAAUAGGAUGAUAAGAUUAACUAUAGGUUUAAUUUUAUUGAUAUCAAUUGAAUCAAUGAUAAUUGCAACGAUAGCAUUAACAUCACAAUCAUUUGAUGCAAUGCUAAUAAGGUUUACAGGCCAAACAUGUGGAAUUGGUAUAUAUCCUGAUGGUGGAUGGAUUUGUAUACAAAAUUUAGGAGAUUAUAGCAGUCCUUUUGGUAAUAGAUUAAUGGCGUUUACUGGCGGUUUAUUGAUUACGUUUAUUAUUGUUACACCGAUGGCAUUUUGUAAUUUAGGAGAAAAUGUUAAAGUACAAAUAAUAUCAUUUGUUACGUUAAUAUUCGUUGUUGUUACAUGGUCAAUUGCAUGUAUAGCGAGCGGAUUAAAACCGGAUAGGAUUCCGUUAAUUGGUACUGAUCAAAGUUUAUUGGUUGGAACUGUAUUGUUCAAUUAUGCUUUUAUAACAAACGUUCCAAGUAUAGUCAACGAUAUGAAUCGAGAUGUAUCGAUAAGAAAAGUUAUUUGGCUCUCAGUAGGAAUAACAACGUUAACAUACAUUUCCAUGGGAGUGUUAGGUGCAAUGGCAUUUCAUCUUGAUCUUUCUUCAAAUAUCAUAUCGGAAAUAAGACAUUCAAAAAUACAUAAUAUUUUUACGGAAAUUGCCACUUUUUUAUUUCCGUUUGGUGGGUUACUCGCUAGUAUUCCUGUGGAUACUAUCGUUGUUCGAUAUAACUUGGUCAGAUCCGGAAUAUGUGAUUAUCCUAUGGCAGCAUUUAUUUCGUUGAUCGUACCAUGGUGUUUAGUAAUACCAUUUCAAACAGGAUAUUGUCAUCGUAAAGCGAGAGUUUUACAAACAUUAGAAUUAGCAAGGGAAGCUUCUGCAAAUGGGAAACAUCAUCAUCAUGAUAAGAACAAUGACAAACAUGAUCAAAGUGCGUUGUCACAAAAUUACACUCGUGAAUCAAUUACUUUACCACCACAUUCUUCCUCAUCAAAUAAAGAAGAGAAAGAAUUAUCAUCCUAUCAAACACAUUUAGAAAAACAUUUACAAAAUCCUCAAUUUGAUAAAUUAAAAAGGCCAAAGAUGUAUCGUCAUAUGUCGGCAGAUGCGAUGGCCAUAGAUGACUUGUCAGAUAUUUUAAAUGAUAAGUUAAGUAAUAAAGUUACACCAACUGAAUUAUAUGAUAAUGAGAAAAGUAUUAUACCAUCACAUACUUCCACUCCAAGGAGUGCAAGUACCGAUGAUGAUGAAUUUUAUCAUUUAUUCAAUUACAGUGGUGGUAAACCUUUUAGAGCUUUUCCCGGUACGACCAAAAGUUUUGGUCUAAUCGUUUCUUAUUUGUCAAUUAUUGUUAGUUUCAUGUUAAUCGGUGGUGUUAUAGUAUAUGAUUUUAUAGGAUUGGUUAACGGUAGGAAUUAUUUUGAUUUGGAUAGUAACACUUAA